AUGUUCGCACGCGCCAAAUUCGCCCAUCACAUCUAUCGACGGUAAGUUGGACCCACUCCCACUGGUGCUAGUUCCCGGCAAAUAGUCCCGACCGGGACCGAAACUUUUGUGCCAAUUGAAGGCUCACAAGGAGACCGGUAAUUGUGCUGUUUCUCAAAACAGGUACCAUGUAAAGUCUAGAAAAAGCAAAGCAAAUCCUGUGCGAGUUGUGUGAAGUAAAGAUGUUUUUCGACUCGGGACUUUUUUCAAACAUUUUAGCCUCCAGCAAUGUGAAAGUGGAUUACUAUCCUCUUCCACGUCGCCCUCUUCUUUACUUACACUCAGUACCAUUCUAUUUGUCCAAUGCUACCGAAUUCCUCUCCAAUUCUGUCCAUCCUACCGAAUGUGUCCGAAAUACGCCGAUCCGGUCAUUUGAUGCAAAGUAAAACGUCUAAAAUGGAGCAAAAGAUGGGUGAACGUAUGAGAAUCGCGCAAAGGUUUUCGAGAAGAUGCACUAGAAGCCAAAAUAUGCUCAACAGUCCUUGGGAGCAGAAAUAUCGAAAGAUGAGACUGUCCGUUAGUUAUCUGGAGGCGUUGUUUCCUGCGUCCGUUGAGCAAAUGGAAAACAUGAAGAGGGAUGAAGGGUGAGUCAAUUAACGGUUUUAUAGAUGAGAGAUUCGACUAUUCCACCUAUUAUCUUGUUGAAUGAAAAUCAGGGAAAUUGUCGACGAGUAUUGUAGUCUUGAUACCGUGACUGUGACUGCCAUAGUGAUGUUUGUCUGAAAGAAACGGACUCCCAGAACUCCCGUGUACUCCUCGUCUCCAUAUCCCCAUCUCUUUUUGUCUAUGUAAAGAGGGGGGGGGGGUACUCUUUGACUCGACUCUUACUCCAACCAAGUCUGUUGUCUCCCGAAAUGUCGAAGGGCGCCGAAAAGUUGCGUAUUUGUGGAAGAAGGAUGUGUGAAGCGAAGAAGAGAAGGCCCUCUCUCUCUCUCUCUCUCUCUCUCUCUCUCUCUCACACACACACACACACGCUCAUAUUCAUACCCAGAUUCCUCCGGGGACGCCGUCGCACUCAUGCCAAAUGCUGCUGCUGGGGGUGAUGCUGGUGGUGGUGGUGUCGGAGGAGAAGAAGAAGAAGAAGAAGAAGAAGAAGAAGGAGGAGAGAACGGAAAGUGGGCGGCGCCAGGUCAGCAAGAAAAGUCGUCUCAAGAAAAGAAUAGAGUAGGAGGCUCCUUGGCUCCUUUGCUCCUUCUUUACACUGAUUUUUGCUAGACAUACUCAUACAUUUUCGACUUUUUCCUAACUUUUUACUGGAACCUAAGCAGAACGUUGCUCACUUUUUUCGGCUUACCCCAUUCUUUGGUUUUAAUACACUGUCCGAAGCAGAUCUCUCAAAAAAGUCGGUGAACUUAGAAGGGAACAUGAUCUCGUAAAAGUCUCCUUUUCAACAUUCCAACUUCAAGUAUCCACCAAAAAAGUGAAGAAGAGUUCUAGUUCUAGUCCUAUUGAGUGCUCUCCUCCGCUCCAUAUUCGCUGCUCUUCUCGCAGCAAUCAGAUUAGCGUGUGUUUCAUAUCCGCGCAAGAGAGUCAGUCAAACUCUUUUCUCGCCCUCUUCCUUCUCCGCCGCGCCUCUCGACGAUAUGAACCGCCUUAAGGCCAUAUCUGAUUAUAUUUCCGUCUUCCACUCGACACUAUGAUCCUCCUGCACUUUUCUUUUGUGAAACGAUUUUGGGGGAUUGUGGCACAUAAACGUAUAAUUUUGGUUGGUCGCCUCGGGUCGGGCCUUCGAAUUAGCGAGAUUGCACACGAGACGAUGAUGAGCUCUAACCGAAUUCUAGGGCAAUAGUCUCACAGCCGCAAGCACGCUAGCUUUCAUAGUCUUUCAAGUUCAAUUUUGUACGUGUGAACAUCCUUCUCUCUCGAUACUCUUCAUUUGAUUGUUCUCUCAUAAAACACCGCCCAUAAAACUAUCCGCUAUCGGUCUUAGAUUUAUCCUCCGUCUCACCUCCACCUUGCACCACCCUUCAUCUUCUUCUCGACGACCGACAUUCGAAUGAGUCGGUUUACGUGCGGAUGAGACGACGACAGCCCAGUGAGAACGACGAGAACACCGACGAAGACGACGACCAUCAUCCGAACCACCCGACAUCUAGAGCUAGAAGACGAAGGAAGCGGGCAGAAGUCAGGAGUAGCAGUCGACGACGUCAGCGUCGCACGGCGGCCGUCGUCGGCGUCGUUGCCGCCAGCGCAGAGUCGUGUGCACCGAGCGUAGAAGAAGAUGUUGAACCCAAUGUACAUGAAGCAUCGGGCUUCGACUCCCAAUCCUCAAAUCUCAUACCAACCGUCGGCCUCUUCUCUUCACCGCCAUCACCGUCCCUCUUCGCCGGGCAUCUCGCUCGGUCCUCCGUCCUCGCCGCCUUCGUUGUAUAACCUUCAGCAGAUCGCUUCGGCGCCGGGUCUUGAUCAGCAGAAUAAUAAUAACGAUGUGGAGGAGCUCAGGUUAGUUGCACUCCUCAAAAAAAAAAAAUGCGAAAAUCAUUAAACUUGCACCCAAUAAGUUUCCACAAGAAUGCGCUGACGCUCAACUUAAAAAGCUUCUUGUCUCUUCGCCGAGGCGCCGCUACACCUACUGAAUAAUUCGGCCCUAAAACUGCCUCCUCACACAUUGCUUCUACUUCCCAACCAUUAUUCUUCUAAAUCCUCACCACCUAACAAGGUUCCGCUCCUCACACUGAAAAUGCACGUCCAAGGUCGACUGUCCGCCUCAUUCUUUGACGCGCCUUCGGCUUCCAGGUUCCGGCUCAGCGAGCACUAGUGAGUUGUCGGAUGACGUGUUUCGGUAGCAACUGACAUUACGUUGGUCCCGAGACAGGGAGUUUAUGACGGUCAAAAUGCGUAGUUUUAUUGCCGUGAGUGCAGAGGUGAAAAUAGAAUGGAUAAUCAGAUAGAUCGAAGGGAAGGGGGCACUAGAAUCUAGGUAACUAUGUUGUCCUUUUUCAACUUUUUAAAAAGGCAAUUUGUAGAACCCGCUUCUAUGAAAACAAACGCGUACGAGUCGCUCAGAGGGUGACCUAAUCCUCGCAGUAUGGUAAUAAUUCAAAAAUUUGGUGUCGAUCGUUUCUUCCGGACCUCCCUCUUCUCCACCCGUUUACUACUAAUGGCCUUGUGUGCACGGCUUCUUCUUCUUUCUCUCUCUCUCUCUUUCUCUUCCUUGCUAGGCCGUCCCGCCGAUACACAUGUUCCGGCAAGAGAAAAAGUGUCUAGUGAGUGAUGCGUCGAACUCGCACAAUAAUCCGUGCGCCCGACAACAUUUUGUGGCGUUGGAAGAGAAAGAGAGAGAGAGAGAGAGCAAAAAGAACAUCAAAUAAGAGGUUUUAACAUAAAGGGACGGAUGAUGAUGUAGAUAUCAGAAACUAUGGAUCACACACUUUGAUAGUGUCUUCAUAGGUCAUCCACAAUUGCAUCAAAGGCGGUAGUCGACAUGUAGAAGUGAAACAAAAGUGAAAUGUUUCAGUGCCGAACGACUCAACUUGUACCUGGACAAGCAAGAGGGAGAGAUCGAGAAUUUGGACGAGGAGGGCGAUGAGCCGGUCGAGAAGAAGUGGUGGUUGAGGACGAAACGGGUAAGUUCAACUGAACAGUCUCCCCCAAAACUCGUUUCAUUUCUCUUCUUUCUUUCGCUUCUUUUUUUGGCAUCUCACCCAAUAGUGGUGGUCUCGUUUGACCACACAAACUUAUCCCCUCCGCGUUUCACACAAACUGAAGAGAAUCUUCAGUUUUGCACCCCGAAAAAAUAAAGGGUCAAGAUGCGAGAGGGAGCCCCCCCCGGGGGACUAUCUACUCUUGGUAAAACUUGAUACCCCCCCUUCCCGAUAGUUGGAAGACGCAAAAUCAAGAAGUGAGGAGGAGGAGAUGUAGAGAAGUGACGUCUCUUCGCUCCUGGAGAAAUGCGUUGGACAAUCAAGCAAUAGAGGAGAGGGAUUGAGAAUUUGGUAUUAAAAAGCGAGUUUAUAUGUAGUAUAGGAAUACUGAACAUUAAGGAAAUAAAGCAAACUGAAAUUUGCAGUGGUUUCGAUUGGCACUACCUCAUUUCGGACUGGUUCUUCUGUCGAUUGGGUACACACUCAUCGGAGCGUUAUGUUUUCAUCACGUAAGUUCACGGCUACAGUGGUUUCUCCUCAUUAGCCAUGUUUUGCUUAAAUAAACCUAUACGGUUUCCCCCCCAACACCUAUGAUUCAGUACGAAAAACCCUACGAACAACAACUGCGUAAUGAAACGUCGCGUCGGAUCGGGGACCUCAAGAAUCGAGUAAUGGAUCAGUUGUGGCGGAUGAGCGGCAACGGCACCACUUAUGCCACGUGGCGACAAACUGCUAACGAUGGGUAUGUACGCUUUUUUCGAAAUGUUUUCCUGCAUCCAUCCACACCAUCAUGAUUUCAGAAUGGACGAGCUGAUACGAGACGUUUUCUGGGACUACACACGGAAUUACAUGACUCCAGAUGAUGUGAUUUAUGGUGAUGGGCCUGUGAAAUGGUCAUUCAUGUCGAGUAUCUUCUUCUCGUGGACCGCCAUCACUACUAUCGGUGAGCACUUGUUUCGUAACUUGAAGCCUUUUUGGAAGCAAAUUCGCAUGUUCAUGAUGAUUCACCUUCAAGAGAUAAGCAGCGAAACCAUAAGGUUCUGGCGAGCGUUUCGCGUCUGUGAAAGAAUCCAAUUAAUCUUUGCCUCGUUCCUCUCCGCUUCCUCGUUCUUCUCCUCCUUCUCCGUGACGUCUCGCGGGAACACUUUCCGUCGGAGCACUUAUGCUAUCUGACGCAAUCAUGUCUCGCAGAAGAAGCCGCCUUCGAGAAGCGAAAAGGGGAUGAAGGAGAAGAGAAACACAUUGACAUGCGACAAUAUCGGGCGAAUGAUGAGACCAUUUGAGAUGGUGGAAAGAUGCACUUGGAUUGUUGUCCGAUUUAUUUAAUGGCAUUGAGAUGGGAUGGUGGUAGGCAUUCUCAUUCUAGGACGGUCAACUUGGGCAGGAAAGGAGAGCGGAGAGGGAGGCAUUGUUAUUGAGAAGGAUUUCAGUUGAAUACAUAUGUAGACGUUUCAUACAUUCUUCAGGAUACGGUCACAUUGUGCCACGGACCGAUGAAGGACGCGUAGCCAUCAUCUUCUAUGCCCUCCUCGGAAUCCCGCUGAUCCUUGUCACCAUCGCAGACAUCGGACGGUUUCUAGCCAGUAAGUUCUUCUUCUUCUUCUUGCCGACAAGCCUCCUCGCUUUCACGUUCACAUGCUUUCAGCGUACAUCAUCAAGCUGCACCACGGCUACAUGGCACUCAUGUCGUUCAUCACCAACUCGUGUUUGAAGUGCAUUAAAUGGGCGUGCUGCUGGAUUCGUCUGCCGCGCCGACACAUUCCGAUGCCGACGUUGGAGUUGUUGCAGCGCACGCAAAAGUUGUAUCCGAACAACAACAAUCCGACGGUGGCGGCGACGGCGGCGAGUGCGGGCGGCGGAACCGGCGGCGGCGGCAGAAAGAAGAAGGUUCACAGGGAUAACGUCAGCGACGCGGGCACUUUUGAUGGUACGCUUUACCGCUUUCUCACUUUCUUUCCUACUCGUAUGCUUUCGUUACACGUUUGUCAAGCGAGCAUAACAUUCAAAUUGCAGAUAUCAGUGAGAUCAACGACGGCAGUGAAGGCGGCGAGAACGAGAACGAAGACGGUGACGAGGCGCAGCAACAGUUCGAAUCGCAUUCGCCAGAGAAACGAGUCUCUGUCUUAUUUAUUCUUCUUAUUAUGCUCGGUUAGUGGGUUAGCUGAUAGUGUGAGCUUAUAACGUGUGUUUCAGGUUACGUGGCGGGUGGAGCCUAUCUCGUUCGUUGGUGGGAAGAGUGGACAUUUUUCGAGGCGUUCUACUUUUGUUUUGUUACGGUUACGACUAUCGGUGAGCGAAUGACAUGCAUUUCUGUGCUAUGACACACAAAUUUAAGGGUUUGGAGACAUUGUGCCGGCGAAUGUGGAUUGGUUGCCGGCGACGUUGGCCUAUAUUGUGUUUGGACUGAUCAUCACCACUAUGUGCAUUGGUAAUUGGUUUUUUUUUUCUCUGGUUGCAACGUGUUUAGUUGGAGAUUGAACGUUUUCAGACCUGGUCGGUUCCGAGUACAUCCGGGACAUUCACUUCUACGGUCGAAGCCUCGGACGUCAGUUCAUGACGAUCGGUGGAAAAGUGGUUCACCUCGGCGAGGUGUUCGGCUACGUGGCGUUCCUCCAGAAAAACUACGGACUGACGGCCGAGCAGUUGACAAAACUGUCGCAACUGCCGGAGGAGUACCUCCUAGACUGCUUGAUCAACGGAAGACAGCCGGAUUUGAAUUGGAUCGGAGGACGGCCUUUCGUUCCUCCCGACAUCUAUUACUUCAAGUGGAUCGAGCAUCCGCGAACACUCUCUUUCGCGUCAGAUCGAGUAUUGCAGAGUAUGGAGAGCCUCGAUUUGAAUACCAGCAGGUUUGUUGCCUUGCCAGAAUUAAUGACGUUUUGGCACAUUUUUCGCUGACUUUGCUUUUUCGCCUUCGCCGCCGAUCGCCGCCUAAAAACCGCACUUCUCCUUUUGCGCUUUCUUGACCGUUUUCAGACAGAAUUGGUUUUGAGAAUGAUAAAUCACGUAAAUACAAGCAUUUUGAGCGCUCGAACCACGAAAAUUACCGAAAAGCAACUGAAAUUCACGCAGUUUUAGCCAAAACCUUCAAACGGAUAAAUGUGAUUUGCGACUUGACCAAAUUUAACGCUCUUGCGCUUAAAAAAUUUGUAAUAGCCUAUACAAUCGGUCUAUCGAGAGACAAAUGAGAAAUUAUCGGUUUUUCGUGGCUAAUCUAGCAAAAAACACAAAUUUUGCUGUUAAAAUUUGAAUUUCGCGUCAAUGUAUCGCUCUAUUGAACGGGGCGCACUUGCGCCCGUUGUAAGCUCUGGAGACCGUGCACACGCAGGAGCAUAAACGAACAAUUUGCAGAUGUUCCACCGCGCGAACGCUCACACCACGUGAAUACUACCAGAAGAUACUGUUUCAAUACUGCAAACAACUUCAGCCCGAAGAACCGAUCGCCGACAUCGACAACUGA